AUGUCCAGCUCUUGUGUAAAUCCUGAAUUGAUUCCUUCUCUUACCAAGGAAGACCUUGAAUUGUGUGACUCGCUUUGUGCAUGCGGCCAGAAGAAUGUAAUUGCUUCUCUGACCACCCUGGAACAGCUCCAAAACUUCCUGAGCGACGUUCGUAUGGUCUCAAAGACAUACCCCGGCGGUGUUCCCAAGUACAUCGAAUCUGCCUCAAAACUGAUCGAGGCAUCCACCAAGAAUGUCAACCCGUUCGAUGGUUUUAAAACGGAAAUUCCCUCCGGUCUAAACCUCGAGUACAAAGAUGACCAGUUUGUGGAGCUCGAGAAGUUGGGUAAGGAGGCGUUGAAGCACGCCGGAUUUGCUCUCGUCGGCGGAGGUAUCGGCGAGCGUUUGAACUCGAAGUACAUCAAACUGUCUCUGACGUCGGAUCUCGUGCGAGGCUACUCCUUCCUGGAGGACUACUGCAGAUUCUUCCACGCCAUCGAGACCACCAUGGAUUGCGAGGUUCCUCUUGCGAUCAUGACGUCGGACGGCACGAACGACGACACCGUGAAGCUCCUGGAGUCGCACAAAUACUUCGAUCUGAAGCGAGAGAACGUGACGAUCAUGAAGCAAAACGGCGUUCCUGCGAUUUGCAACACGCAAGGCGAGAUCGCCGUCCGCGAAGACGGCCACAUCCUCUUCAAGCCGCACGGCCACGGCGACAUCCACCUGCUCAUGAGCCAGCACGGCGUUCCGGACGCCUGGGCGGCCCAAGGCAUCCGCUACGUGGUCUUCUUCCAAGACACGAACGGGCUGUCGAUGCACGGCUUCCCGCUGCUGCUCGGCGUGAUGGAGAAGUUCGGCUACGCGUUCGGCAGCAUGGCGAUCGUGCGUCGUCCCGGCGAGAAGGUGGGCGGGAUCUGCAAGCUGGUGCGCGAGAACGGCGCGAGUUUGACGUGCAACGUGGAGUACAACCAGCUGGAAGACGUGCUGAAGGCGUGCACGGGGCAGGGCGACGUGCCCAACGCGCAGGGCAACAGCAACUACCCCGGAAACAUCAACAUUCUCUGCGUGCGUCUGGAUAAUUACCGCGAGAUUCUCCGCGAGAGCGGCGGCGUGGUGCAGGAGUUCGUCAAUCCCAAGUACAAGGACGCUACGCGCACUGCUUUCAAGGCUCCCGUGCGUUUGGAGUGCAUGAUGCAGGACUACCCGAAGCUCCUCAUGCACCACUCCGCGCCCGUGGGCUUCGUCUCCCUGCCGCGCUGGCUGUGCUUCUCCGCGGUGAAGAACAGCGACGAGAACGCCGUGGCGCAGUUCAACGCGACCGGCUACCCCGAGUCCUUCUUCUCCGGCGAGGAGGACAUCUACAAGUUCUACCGCCGCGUGCUGCGCGCGCAGGGCGUCAAGCUGGGCAGCGAGGAGUACGAUCUCGCGCUCACGCAGCCGCUGGGCAUGCCGCGGUUCCCGCUGGUGGCGCUGUCGGCGCGGUCGGGACUGACGACGGCGGACAUCGCGAGCCACUUCGGCGCGAACGUGGAGAUCCGCGAGAAGUCGGUGCUGUCGAUCGACGCGGAGGAUCUGAAGAUCGAGAACUUCGUGCUGGAGGGCGCGCUGGUGAUCAAGACGAGCCACGGCGUGAAGCUGACGAUCCGCGAUUGCUGCGUGAAGAACGCGGGAUGGGAAGCGGAGGCGGUGGACAAGCAGGACCCGAGCGUGGAGAACAAGUACGCGCUGCGAGGAUACCGGCUGGUGAAGAAGGAGACGUGCACGUUCGAGAUCACGGAGCCGGGCGAGUAUGUGGUGGAGAAGGAUCUGGUGGUGAGAAAAGUCUUGCGUGUUUGUUGA